AUGAACAUUAUUAUGCCGCGAAUGUAUGAUUUCAAGGCAGCAGGAGCCAACCCGCCUGGCUCAAGUACACACCAUUCUUAUGCCACCACCAUUGACCAUAAUACUCUGUGGAUCCGCCUUUCGUGGCACCGUAGCUACGUUCCGACCUUGUUCUUCAGAGCUGCAUGCAUCUAUCUCCAGGAUCUUCUAACUCGUUUGUUGUUGUGUGUGGCAACAUAUCAGUCAGUGCUCCGUCAGUGUUGGGAAGGCAUUUGCGCUGCCUUGAUGUUAGGUCACAAUGGUGCGGCAGGUGAUCCGACAUGUAGUACGCAUGAGGCGCUGUGA